AUGAAUGUUGCAUUGCCUCAGAAUGGGGCACCAAAGUCACCUUUGUCCCGUUACCGCCUUCUCUCUCCCACUGCCUCUGUUCGCGUCAGCCCGCUAUGCCUUGGUUCUAUGAAUUUUGGUGAUGCUUGGGCUGAUUGGAUGGGGGAAUGCAACCAGGAGAGCACCGAAAAAAUCCUCGACUUCUUUUUCGAGCAAGUGAGAAAUUUCAUUGACACCGCAAACAGCUACCAAUUCGAGCAGUCGGAAACAUGGAUUGGCGAGUGGAUGAAGAAGCGCGGCAAUCGUGACCAGAUGGUCAUUUCAACCAAGUACACCACCAACUUCAAAGCUGGCCCUAAUCAUCCUCAUAUCAUGGCCAACUGUGUUGGAAAUGGUACCAAGAGUUUACAUGUAUCAGUCAAUGCUAGCCUUAGGAAGCUGCAAACUGACUACAUCGACCUUUUGUACAUCCAUUGGUGGGACUACAGCGCGUCAAUACCAGAAGUUAUGCAGUCCUUGAAUCAACUUGUCGCUACAGGCAAAAUCCUGUAUUUGGGAAUCAGCGAUGCCCCGGCUUGGAUUGUGAGCAAGGCCAAUGAAUAUGCUCGAAACCACGGGCUUCGCCAGUUCUCGGUCUACCAAGGUCGAUGGUCCGCGUCUUGCCGAGACUUGGAGCGCGAUGUCAUUCCGAUGUGCAAGGCUGAAGGCAUGGCCAUCACUCCUUGGGGCUCACUUGGCGGCGGAAACUUCAAGACUGAGCAGGCCCGAAGAUCCAGUGAAGGCCGCAGGACAGAGGUUAGCGACGCCGAUAUCAAAACAAGUCGCGUACUUGAGGAGAUCGCCAUCCGCAAAAACACAGCCAUCACUAGUAUUGCCUUGGCGUAUGUAAUGCACAAGACGCCCUAUGUGUUCCCUGUCAUAGGAGGAAGGAAGGUUGAGCACCUCAAAGGCAACAUUGAGGCACUUACAAUCGAGCUCACUGACGAAGAAAUUCGAUUAAUCGAGGCUGCCGUGCCCUUUGAUCUUGGCUUCCCUCAUAACUUUCUAUGGGGCCGACAGGUACCCAAUCCUUUACAGGACGUCUGGCUUUUGUCCACUGCCGGAAAUUUUGAACAUGUUGAAGAAGCCAGGCCUAUUAUACCGAAGAAGACAGGGGAGUAG